AACAUGGUUCAUAGAAUUACCAGCAGGCACAGCCUUCAGUGGCCCUCAGCCAGCUGCUCGCUCACUCCCUGUCUCUGUCUCUCUCUCUCUCCCCGUCUCUCUGAGCUGUGGGGUGCUUCUUGACAGGAUGGGGAUGCAAGCAGCUCUCAUGCUUCAGUCACUCAGACUCUUGCGUUUUCAGUCUCUGUGAUGCAAUUUCUGUCCCUUACCGUGUUUUGUCUUCCUGUUUUCCAUGUUACAGUUUGAGGUUUGAAAGCCACAAGACUGAUAAGAAUUUGGUCCCCUGAAAUUCAAAUGCGCCCUUCCGCAGGGCCCUGGACAUGGCUCAGGCUCAAGGGCCUGAAGCUGAGUCCCCCCAGGGCGGAGCCCAGCACCAGAUGGUCCCCGGAGCAUUGCAAAGUGUGGCCCCCAAACCCUGCAGCCUGGGUCCCACCAUGAGCGCCGAGCUCAACGUGCCCGCGGAGCCCUCCACGCCCGCCUGCUCGGAGCCCGGUCACAAAGGCAUGGACUACCGCGACUGGGUGCGCCGCAGCUACCUGGAGCUGGUCACGUCCAACCACCAUUCGGUGCAGGCGCUGUCCUGGAGGAAGCUCUACCUGAGCCGCGCCAAGCUCAAGGCCUCCAGCCGCACCUCCGCGCUGCUCUCAGGCUUCGCCAUGGUGGCGAUGGUGGAGGUGCAACUGGAAACGCAGUACCAGUACCCGAGGCCUCUGCUCCUCGCCUUCAGUGCCUGCACCACGGUGCUGGUGGCCGUGCACCUGUUCGCGUUGCUUAUCAGCACCUGCAUUCUGCCCAAUGUAGAGGCCGUGAGCAACAUCCACAACCUCAACUCCAUCAGCGAGUCGCCCCAUGAGCGCAUGCAUCCCUACAUCGAGCUAGCCUGGGGCUUUUCCACCGUGCUGGGCAUCCUGCUCUUCCUGGCUGAGGUGGUGCUACUGUGCUGGAUCAAGUUCCUGCCUGUGGACUCGAGGCCCCAGCCUGAACCCCCAGCCCCUCCAGUCCCUGGCGGCCACACAGGCUGGCAGGCUGCCCUGGUCUCCACCAUCAUCAUGGUGCCCGUGGGGCUCAUCUUCGUGGUCUUCACCAUCCACUUCUACCGAUCCCUUGUGCGCCACAAGACAGAGCGGCACCACCGCGAGAUCGAGGAGCUGCACAAGCUCAAGGUGCAGCUGGACGGGCAGGAGCGCAGCCUGCAGGUGGUGUGAAGCCGAGUCCACACCCACCAGCCAGACCCUGGGGUGGUGCCCCUGCUGGAGGCAGAAACUCCACGGAGCUACUUGCAGCUUUGGGGCCUCCCAGGGCCAGAGGCAGGGUUCCCGACCCCCCACUGUGGUCAAGGCUGGGCCCUCAUCAGUGUUGGGGAUUUUGCCUGAGCUGGACUGCAUGUAGGGAAUGUCCAGGGACACAGUUGAUAGCUCUGCCUGGUUUGUUGGGGCUCAGCACAGUGGGGAGGUCCUGUUCCAAGGCCAGGAUUUUACAGCAAUGCUGUUGACUUCCUGUUAGACUUCCCUGAGAGUUUUCUGGGCUCAAAUCCACUCCCAGCCACCCAUGUGCAACUGUCAUUCUAGGCUGGGACCCACCUGGGGUUUUCUGGGGUCUCCUCUAAGGACCCUGGGGGUGCCAAACCACCCUUGUGGUUGAUCCAUGGGGAAGAUCCAAGAGGGUGCUUUGCUUCUGGGCCUCAGGAUUCCCGACUUCACAAUCCCAGGGCACGGGGAUUUCUUCUUUGCCAUCUGCCUAGUAGGGUCCAGGCAGGAGGACAACACUAGUUCAACCCUUGCCUGAGGUUGGAGCAGGGCCAUUGGGACCUCCUGCUGCCCCCUCAACCUAACCCCCUUACCACACUGGGGACCUCACCACAGGGAGCCAGGUCUGCCCCUGGACAGGCUGUGGGCCCAGCUGGUGCUUUAGGGUCAGACAGUGGGUGACUCCACAGUGCCACAUGGUGUGGGCAAAGGCACACACCACUCUGUGCUGGUCAGGUGGGAAAGGACCAAGACCCAAAACCAGCUGCCCUUCCUAUUCCCACUCUGUGCCAACACUUGACUGGGCCUAGGGAUGAGGUCUAGCAAGUGGGGUGGGGGCACCCCUCAGAUUGUCAGGAGCCAUAGAACAACCCAGCUGGGAAUCCAGGAGGUGGUGGGCAGGCAGCAGGGGAAGUGAUGCUGUUCAUGUAGAUUUGCCGUGGGUGAUGCCAUCCUCCUUGGCCUCACAGCCCUGCUUGGUGCCAAGGCUACUCCCUAACUCCCAUGGGCCCGCCGGCGCCAGACGCCCUACUUUCCUCCAGGCAGACACAAGGCACUGGAAGUGGGGCGCAGUCUCUGGCCGCUCCAUGUGGGAUGCCGCAGGCAGGGUUGUGUGUGUUGCGAAGGGCUGGGACAGGGGGUCCUUGUCUGUCUAGGGCCAUGGCGGUGCGGGCAGGCUUGCUGCCAGAAAUUGAGCUGUCCCCAGAGUGAUCCCAAUAAACAGUCAAAUGCU